AUGUCACAUCCAUCCAAUGCUGCCAAUCAAACUCAAGCUCUUGUUCCCUCCACAUCAUCGACCAAAAGAUUAUCAACGAUAUCCAAACAGAAUUCAUCUAGUCCCGCGAAAGGUGCUACGGGUGGUUUGGUAGGUGCUAAAGACGUUGUUAGUCCUGGCGAAUUAUGUGGAUUCGUCGACACGUUGUUAGCUCAACUGGAAACAAGAUUUGAUGAGAUGAGUGAACAAGUUUUAUCAAGAAUGAACGAAAUGUCUAGUCGAAUAGAUAAUUUGGAAAAUGCUAUCGAAGGCUUAAUGCACGAUGAUAUAGAAAUGAAUGUGACUUCUCCGCAGAAAUAG